GGGGGCCUUACCGAACGAGACGAUAAUUUCGCAGUUUUUUUCGUUGCUUUUUUCUCCCCCAUUGCAGCGAAUUUUUUCGAAGGGCUGUUUCGAAGCGGUUUCGAAGAUCCAUCGAACGAUCGCGAUCAGGAGUAUUCGUAAUCGUUGGCAUUGAGAUGACUUUGUCCCACUGCCCCCGCCAUGCACGUAUCUUUAUGCCAACUCUGAAUGGAAGCCGAGUGUCUUACUCUAUGAGAUAAUACAUUCGUCGCUUCGUACGUCACACAGAGAGUUUGUGGACCAAAAGCACGCCGCUGUUUCAUCUAGUGGUCCUACUCCUCUCAACGUGUGCAACUCCUACCGUUCGUCAUGUUGACCGUACAAAACGAUACGUCGCCACGCAACGGUUCCUGCAUGGCGGAAAUAAGUUCCGUGAGGAGUCUCUCCUCCGAGGAUAUAUCCGCCGGUGCCAAAGGAUCGAGCAGGAAGAAAUCCUGCUGGGCGAGAGCCACCGAUCCCGCUCAUCGUCGCGGCCGUAGAAUUCAACUUUUGCAGAUGCUAGUCCUACCGUUCAUACCGAUUCUAGCGCUGAUCGUUCAAACGGCGAACACCCUCCACGACAUCCUCAUCUACAGGCAGGAAGUAUCGGAAAUCGAAACGCAAGUCACUAUAGCCACCGACCUUGGAAAAGUGGUCACGAGAAUGCAGUUGGAGAGAUCAGAGGUCGCUUUCUUCAUUUAUACGAACGGAAACACGCUCAGAUCGAAUCUGACCCAGAGAUUUACGGUUACGGAUCGAGCGUUGCAUAACAUGACGACCUGGCCGUUGGUUUCCGUGCCACGCGACGAAACGAAAACUCAAAAAUACGACGUCGUGAAUAAGGAAGCGUUUCAAGAGCGACUCAACGAUUUCAGGGAAAAAAUCAGCUCCGAGGAAAGCAGCAUCACGGAAGUCAUGGCGUGGUACACCAGCGUCAAUGCGGCUAUGCUCGAUCAUCUCACCAAUCAGAUAAAGGAAACCGACAACAGCGGGGUGUGGAGAUACUUGAUAUCCUUUAAAAAUCUUCUGCGGAGCAUCGAGAGCCUCGGGAUAGCCUCCGUUUACGGGAUAAAUUAUUUCGGUCGCGGUAUACUGGCCGGCGAAAGUUACGUGAGUUACGUGAGACACGAGGCCCUUGGACGCGACCUGCUCAACGGAUCGCUCACCUAUGUACCGACGCUCAAAACUUUUUACACCGAACUCACGCGGACGAUGCCCGAUUACGGGAAGAUCAAGUCAAGGAGGGAUGAAAUUUUGGAAAAUCGUAAACGUCAGCCGAGCGUCGACGACGCGAUAGCGUACUUCGAUUCGAUGGCAACUUACGUGGAUGAAUUGCGAAAGCUUCAGCGGGAAUUGCGUCAUAUGAUACGAACGUACGUGAACUCUAAUCUCCAGGACGCCAGUAACAAAGAAGUGGCUGGAAUCGCAAUAGUCGUUUUGGUGCUGGUCAUAUCGCCAAUUAUAAUAAUUCUAGUUCGCAACGCAGUGGCGACGAUCCAGAUGUACGCCGCUAAUCUGGCUCAAAAAGCUCGCGAGUUGAAACGCGAGAAACGAAAGAGCGACACGCUGCUUUUCCAGAUGUUACCGCCGAGUGUGGCUCAGCAGCUGAAGCAAACGCAACAGGUUCCCGCCGAGUACUACGAGGCCGUUACCGUUUACUUCAGCGAUAUCGUUGGUUUUACGGAAAUAGCUGCGGAAACUACGCCGUUGGAGGUGGUCACGUUCUUGAAUUCGAUCUACAAGUUAUUCGACGCUAGGAUCGAAUGCUACGACGUUUACAAGGUGGAAACCAUCGGUGAUUCUUACAUGGUCGCGUCCGGUCUCCCAGUAAAAAAUGGUAAAAGUGAUAAGCACGUGUCGGAAAUCGCCACGAUGGCCCUCGAUCUUCUGGCAGCUUCGACGAUAUUUCAAGUCCCACGACGACCCGGGGAACGUCUUCAAAUACGCAGCGGCGUCCACACCGGUCCCGUCGUCGCCGGGAUUGUCGGAACGAAGAUGCCGCGUUACUGUCUGUUCGGCGACACGGUGAACACGGCUAGCCGUAUGGAGUCCACCGGCGAAGCCCUGCGUAUCCACAUCAGUCUGGAGAUGAAAAAGGCGCUCGACGCCGUAGGGGGAUUCAGGAUCGAGCAUCGGGGCCUCGUCGACGUCAAGGGCAAGGGGCUGAUGGACACCUAUUGGCUGGAGUGCAAGGACGGCGGCAUCGCCAGAGCGGCGGAAUUGGACCUGCCCUCAUUCUUCGAGGACGUCAGGCCGGUCUUCAUGCGCCGUCUAAGGGAGGAGGGCACUCUCUGAUGC